AUGUGUGAGUAUCAUGGGACUUAUGGCCAUAGGACCAAGGAUUGUCGCCAAUUGAGAGAGGAGGUGGCUCGAUUGUUAAAAAAAGUUCACCUUCGUGAAUUCUUGAGUGACCGAGCCAAAGGACACUACAAAGACAGGGAAAAUCACAAACAGGUAGAGCUCGUAGAGCCACAACACGUGAUCAAUAUAAUAAUCGGAGGAACAGAUAUGCCACGAGGACCAAUAAUGAAGAGGACAAAUGUUUCAAUUGUUCGAGAGAAGCGGACCAAGGAUUAUGUGCCUGAAGGAUCGAUUUCCUUUAACGAUGAGGAUGCUGAAGGCAUCAUUCAGCAACACAAUGAUGCAUUGGUAGUUCGGCCAAUAUUAUCUGAUGGAGAGUAG